AGCUUCUACCAGCAGGCACAAUAAUUCAAUCGCAACAACUGUCGAACAGCAACUCAGCGCCGACUGGACAGUGUCUGCAAGCAGUGAAUGGUCAGUGGUUCGUGCAAGCGCAGGUACAACACGUGCAAACCAGUGCAGGCACUGUGAUUGCCGUUGUGCCGUCGAACUUCUGCCGUACAACCGCCCAGCAGCAACAGCAGCAAUCAAACAACAACACGGGUACUAUUGUGACGAACAAUGUGCCAACCUCGAUUCUCAGUGCAGUGCCAUCAUCCACGUCGAAUAUAAUCGCAACAAGUCUGAACACCUCACAAGCCUCAUCACAACGUCAUAAUAUGCUUCAUAACGCGAACAACAACACCAUAAGUAUUGCAAAUAAUAAUAGCAAUAUGACAUCCGUGAAUGUGAUCACAUCGCAGUCGAAUCCUCAGCAAACACAUUCUCUAAUGCAACAAUUGUUAUCA